UGAAGUUUAACUACUGCUAUCAUGGCCACCCUCGUCAGCGGACUGGGUACGGUUCACCAUAGUGUAUUAUGGGCGCUAGGUAGAGACGCCUGUAGUAGUGCUAUAGUAGAAACUCGUGAGGAAAAACGUCACGUGAAAAGCCACGAGGCUAUGCCCGUGGUACUCCCUUGCAUGGGAUUUCUCACAGCACUGUGGUUCGCUCCGACGAUUAUACGGCGAUGUGCACUGACUAUAGGGCUCGAUCUCAACGGUUAUGGGACAACCGGGAACGUUGCUGCUGACGCAUUCGGAUCCUUCCUCUUAUUCCUGGUGCUAGCCGAGGCCCCCUUACCUGGGCCGUUGGUCGUGACUGUAGCUGCUAUACUUGCCAUUAUUCCAAUGCACGUCUAUAGUAUUUUAGUUAAAACUAUGCUGAUUUAUGUCAACGAAUGGACGUUUAUGAUAUUGGUUGUUCCUGGUAUCAUAUUUUGUACAUUCUGGCUGGGCUCGACCGCAAACUACUUUAUAGAGUACUUCGACCUCUCUCCAGUGAAGGGAAGGGUACUGCAACCUUCGAGACGGUUGUUGCCCGGGGAUCCGAAAUUCCACAAGUUGAUACGCGUAUGUGCCCUAAACACGAUUGUGCUAGUGCCACUGAUUGGCUUCGGCUGCGUGUGCUUGCAACAGUAUCGUGAUCGUCUAGGUCUGUAUGUGGAUAUGGAUUCUGAGCGACUACCAUCAAAGCUUGAGAUUGCAGUCCAAAUGAUUUAUUUCAUCCUAGUGAACGAGUUUCUGUUCUUCUACGGUCAUUGGUUAUUCCAUGCGAGUCCGUUUUUGUAUAAGAAGAUUCACAAGGUUCAUCAUGAGUACCCGGCCCCCAAUGCAUUUGCGUCAUUGUAUUGCCACCCAUUGGAAUUGCUCAUUGCUGACUUCAUUCCUCUGGGAGCUGGAGCCUUCUUCCUCGGCUCGCAUUGCUCGACAUUUCUCUUAUGGUCUAUAUAUGCGGUACUCGGGACAGAAGGCCACCACAGUGGCAUACGAUGGCCGUGGAUAAUGUGGUUCGACCACCAGCCUGACUUCCACGAUUUCCAUCAUCAGAAGUUCAACGUCAAUUAUGGGAAUAUAGGCUUUUUAGACAGAAUACAUGGUACUGACGGUUUGUGGCAAGCACAUUUGGCUCAGCUGAAGGCUCAACGUGAAGAGAAAGGACGAAUUCCGACUAAGUUCUUGCACCAUUACUGUGCUUAGAAACUACUGUGUAUCAUUAUAAAGUAUUUUACACAAGAUUUGUCCCUCAACAUCCCAUUGUAUUUAUGAUAUCAGCGCUAAUACCAUCUCUGUCUGAACUGGCCUCAUGUCGAGCCCUAAUGGAGCGUGUGUCUCCGGAAUACAUGCUGAUGCACCCGCGUGUCACCUGGACACGAUCGCAUGUUGUUGGUAGCUGGCACGUCGGAUCUACUACUAGAGUUAUCGAUUUUU